AUGGCAUCAGUUUUCACUUGCAAGAUAUCACCUUAUGUUACAUUAAAUUCGGGAAUUAAGCCUCGGUUUGGGGUGAGGGCUCAAAGUUUAGGUGGUGGUGAUUCCACAGUAUUGUCAUCUGAUGUGAUUGUUGUAAAUGAAACUUCUUUUGUUGGAAAGAAAGAGAAGAAUGGGGCUCUGAUUGAUGGAGGCAGUGGGGAGAAAGAGAAGAGCGGGGCUUUGAUUGAUGGAGGGAAUAAUGGAAGGUUAAAGCCCAGAAUUGAGAAAAAGUGGGUGAAAGAUGCUAUUUUCAAAGAUUUGGAAUUAUUGUGGGAUGAUGGGUAUGGGACCAAGACUGUGAAGGAUUAUCUUGAUGGAGCCAAGGAGGUUAUUAAGCCUGAUGGUGGGCCACCUCGGUGGUUCUGCCCUGCUGAGUGUGGGCAACCUUUAAAAAAUUCACCAGUUCUUCUGUUUUUGCCUGGGCUUGAUGGUGUUGGCUUGGGGCUUACUUUGCACCAUAAAGCUCUUGGGAAGGCAUUUGAAGUUCGAUGCCUUCAUAUUCCAGUGCAUGAUCGAACAACAUUUGAAGGUCCCUCGGUAAUGUGCAUGCUUGCUUGCAGAUGUGAUCCUCAUGCUUUUUUUGUGUUGUGGCAUGGGCUGGUGAAAAUUGUCGAAGAAACUGUUAGGCUUGAGCAUGCCUCAUCUCCAAACAAGCCUAUUUAUCUAGUGGGGGAAUCUUUUGGAGCAUGCCUAGCACUUGCUAUUGCUGCUCGCAAUCCUAAAAUUGACCUUGUACUUAUACUAGUUAAUCCAGCUACAUCAUUUGGCAGGUCAAAGCUGCCUUUACUCCCUAUUUUGGAGGCCAUGCCCGGUGGAUUACAUGAUGCAUUUCCCUUUCUUGUUGGCUUUGUUACUGGUAAUCCAUUGAAGAUGGCAAUGGCCAAUGUCGAACACAACCUUCCUCCUAGACUACAAUUUCAACAAUUGUAUCACAAUCUUACUGCUUUGCUACCUUCUGUUUCUGUUUUGUCUGAUGUUAUUCCAAAAGAGACUCUUCUUUGGAGGUUGAAACUGCUUAAAUCCGCUGCUGCUUAUGUUAAUUCCCGUCUUCAUGCUGUAAAAGCUGAAGCACUAGUACUCGCCAGUGGCAAUGAUAGCUUGCUUCCUAGUAAAGACGAAGCCCACCAUCUUAAAAGUUCAUUAAAGAACUGCAAAGUUCGUUACUUCAAGGACAAUGGACACUCCAUGUUAAUGGAAGAUGGUUUUAAUUUGCUUACUAUUAUCAAAGGUACUUGCAAAUACCGUCGCUCAAGGAGGCUAGAUUUAGUAUCUGACUUUCUACCACCUAGCAUGUCUGAAUUCAAGUAUGCAUUUGAUGAAGUCGUUGGGUUGUUACGCUUUGCUACUGGCCCAGCUAUGUUCUCUACUCUGGAUGAUGGCAAGAUAGUGAAGGGUCUUGCUGGAGUUCCGGAUAAAGGUCCUGUCAUAUUUAUUGGCUACCACAUGCUGAUGGGACUUGAAAUUUAUUCUCUUGUAGAAGAAUUCUUGAGAGAGAAGAAUAUUAUGGUCCGUGGCGUAGCGCACCCUGACCUAUUUUCAGAGAUUAUGGAGGGUUCAGAUACUGAAUUUUCUGUAUCUGAUUGGAUGAAAGUAAUGGGUGCAGUUCCUGUCACAGCAAGCAAUCUUUUCAAAUUGCUUUCAAAAAAAUCGCAUGUGCUUCUUUAUCCUGGAGGUCAACGAGAGGCUUUGCAUUACAAGGGUGAAGCAUACAAGUUAAUUUGGCCUGAUCAACCAGAAUUUGUGAGAAUGGCAGCGAGGUUUGGGGCCACAAUCAUACCAUUUGGAACCGUAGGAGAAGAUGAUGUAGCAGAAUUGGCUCUAGACUACCAUGACAUGAUGAAAAUCCCAAUACUUAAUGACUUUAUCAGAAGCGCUAUGAGUAAAGGUACAAGAGUAAGGGACGAAAGUAAAGGGGAGGUUGCCAGCACAGAUUUAUUCAUCCCAGGGCUUUUACCCAAGGUACCUGGCCGCUUUUAUUUUCUGUUUGGGAAGCCUAUACAAACAAAGGGAAUGAAGGAGAUGUUGGAAGACAAAGAAAAUGCAAACGAAUUGUACUUGCAUGUAAAAUCUGAAGUUCAAAACAGCAUCGCCUACUUGUUGAAGAAAAGAGAAGAGGAUCCCUAUAGGAGUAUCAUUGAUAGAACAAUAUAUCGUGCAUUCCGUUCUCCUUUGAAUGAAGUUCCAGCUUUUGACCCUUAA